AACAUACCUCGGUGGUUAGUGACAAAAACUUAAGCUCCAACCAAAAGUGUUUUAUAUAAAUAACCUCCCAUCAUCAACUACAAGCAUUAUCGAUUCAGACACCAUACUGUUCUAAAUUUCUAAUUUCCUUUCUUAUUUCCAACCUUCCAAGAAAAAUGGCAAUGCUCAGCCCUAAGAAACUCAUCAAGAUGGCCAGGAGAUGGCGAAAGUUUGCAGCCAUGCAGAGGAGGAGGAUUUCGUUUCCAAGAAAUGACAGUAAUGCAGACGGUUGCAGUACAUCCUCAUCCUAUACAGUUGAAAAAGGCCAUUUUGUAGUCUAUACAAUUGAUCAAAGGCGCUAUGCAUUUCCCUUGACUUACCUUGAAAAUGAGGUCGUUAGGAAACUUUUAAGCGCUUGCGAAGAAGAGUUUGGACUACAAAGUAGUGACCCUAUUAUAUUACCCUGUGAUUCAACCUUCAUGGACUAUAUCAUUUCACUAAUCAAGAAAAGUGUUCUUCACAACGCAUUGCUCCUCACAAUACCUUCAUGUUGCUCCUCAACUUCUUCUUGCCACCAAGAAGCUGGAAGUCAACAGAUUCUUGUUAAUUGAGUCAUGAAAUCAUGUUUUUGUAAUGUUAGCUCAAAAUAGAUUGUAUAGCAAUUAGCAGGUGAAAGUAGGCAACUGAAAGCUUGUAUUAUUACAGAUUGGAAUAGAGCUUGUCUUGAAAUUAACAUUCUCAUCUUGGAGUAACACUGUUAUCUUAUUUGAAGAAAAGAACUUUGUCCAUCGAAAUUUACAGACAUAUGA